CGGUGAAUGCAUAGGGCGUGGGCACUGUCCGUGCGUGCAGGACGCGCCCUGGGCGCACGGUGACCCGUUCCUCCCAGCGGUGGCCGUGGGUCCCGCGUGCAGCACCCCAUCCUCGCCUCCGCCCGUGUAGGGAGGGACUCGGGCUUCGCCCGCCAGCCGGUUGCUGUCCCCGCCGCAUUUCUCCCCGGUGCUCCCCGUGCGCGCACGCUCAGAACCCCUGGCACGGCGGACUCACCUCCUGUCACUUCCGCACGGUCCGGCUGGUUGGGCUCUGAGCGGCGCCCCGACCCUCUCCCGUCACCCUCGGACUCCGGGUCCCUUACGCGGGAUGGACAGGACCGCGUGGAUUCGGUGCUGGCGCCCAGGCACCGUGCACCCGCAGAACCACCCUGGCGCACGUGUUCCUCCGGCGGGAAGGCGGGGCCGCGGGGGAUCCCCGGCCCAUCCACCGACCGGAGGGCCCUUGGCGCGCUUCCCAGUCGCGUGCCAGCCCAUCGUCCGUCUCCCAGCCCAGAGCUCUGUGGGUGUCCAUGGACUUCCUUUUUGGAGGAGCGGUUGGAGCAGAGUGCUGGAGAUUGCCUGGGAACCUGGGCACUGUGCUUGCAGUCCUUUCCUGAGUGGACCCAACAUCUCUGCGGGAGGAAGCUAACCCCAAAGGCCCUGUCUGCUUUCCACCGCUGAACGCUUGUCCCGGGGAGUCCAGGGUUGUGGCGCAGGCACGCACGGAACGGUAUCGUCUCAUCCGGCGCUGCCGGGGGCCUGGGCAGCAUGGUGCCCUCCAGCCAGGUGAUGGAGAAGGCGGUGCCCGCGGAGCCGGGGCCGGACCCUGAGCUCAAGUCCUGGAGGUGCCUGGUGUUCUAUCUGUGUUUCUAUGGCUUCAUGGCGCAGUUGCGGCCCGGGGAGAGCUUCAUCACACCCUACCUCUUGGGCCCGGAGAAGAACUUCACGCGGGAACAGGGCUGUGUUGGCCUGAGUGUAAAUCGGUCCCAUCGUCAACGGCAAGGAGAAACCAGUUUCCAUCUCCUAAAAGCACAGAGACCUAGGUCCGCACACCACCGGCCUUCGCGGCCGUCCACGAGGUGGUCUCGCGCUGCGCGGGGAGGCCGGCGGGCGGGACGCGCCAGACCAUCGCGCGGCGGCCGUGUGACACGCCCGCGCCCCGCAGGUCACCAACGAGAUCACGCCGGUGCUGUCCUACUCGUACCUGGCCGUGCUGGUGCCCGUGUUCCUGCUGACCGACUACCUGCGCUACAAGCCGGUGCUGGUGCUGCAGGGUCUGAGCUACGUGUCCGUGUGGCUGCUGCUGCUGCUCGGCCGCUCCGUGCCGCACAUGCAGCUCAUGGAGCUCUUCUUCAGCGUCACCAUGGCCGCGCGCAUCGCCUACUCCUCCUACAUCUUCUCGCUCGUGCGGCCCGCGCGCUACCAGCGCAUGGCCGGCUACUCGCGCGCCGCCACGCUGCUGGGCGUCUUCACCAGCUCGGUGCUGGGCCAGCUGCUCGUCAGCGUGGGCGGGCUCCCCUUCUCCACGCUCAACUACAUCUCGCUCGCCCUCCUCGCCCUCAGCCUGGGCCUCGCCCUCUUCCUGAAGCGCCCCAAGCGCAGCCUCUUCUUCAACCGCGGCCCCGUGCGCCGCGGGGCCUCGCCCUCCGAGCUGGACCGCAUGAACCCGGCCGCCGAGCCGGGCGCCUGGCGGGACUGGACGCUGGUGCGCAUGCUCCGGGAGCUGGGGGACAACCUGCGGUCGCCGCAGCUGCGCCUCUGGUCCCUCUGGUGGGUCUUCAACUCGGCCGCCUACUACCUCAUCGUCUACUACGUGCACGUCCUGUGGAACGUGGUCCACCCCACCACGGACACCACCGCCGUCUACAACGGUGGGGCGGACGCCGCGUCCACCCUGCUCGGUGCCAUCACCUCCUUCUCCGCGGGCUUUGUGAAGAUCCGCUGGGCGCUGUGGGCGAAGCUGGUCAUCGCGGGCGUGACGGCGGUGCAGGCCAUCCUGGUCUUCCUCAUGUACAGCACCAGCAACAUCUGGCUGUGCUACAUGGCCUUUGUGCUCUUCCGUGGCGCCUACCAGUUCUUGGUGCCCAUUGCCACACCACAGCACAGCGGAGCCCCUCGGCCUCUGUCAUCCUCUUGAAGGGCUUCUCGGUUUUCAGAUCGCGUCUUCUCUCUCUAAAGAGCUCUGUGCCCUGGUCUUCGGAGUCAAUACAUUCCUUGCCACCGUCCUCAAGACCGUCAUCACCCUCGUUGUUUCUGACAAGCGGGGUCUGGGUCUCCCAGUCCACUCACAGAUCUCUGCCCUACCUGUCAACACCUGUCAGACCUGGGCCCUGGCUCAUGCCAGCUGUCUGUCUGCCAUACACAAGACAGCAAAGUGGAGCUGGUGGGGGUGACAUCGGUGCGUGCCGAAGGGACCCUUCCGGUCCCUUCCCUCAUCCAACCCUGAGCGGGUUUUUGGUGCUUCUGAGAAGAGCUUGAAAGUUCCUGUUCUCUGUGAGGUUGGGGAACACUCACACAUGUGACUGUGGGUGGUCUCAGCCAAGGCAGGACCUGUCUGGGCCGGCUGGAAUUAGCCAGAGGACGGGCACGCAGGAGGGACGGUAACUGGGCCCCAGGAUCAGUGGGCUCAGCCUGGGGGCUUGCAGCCGCCAUCUGCCCAAGCCCGGACAUCCCUGGGCUUGGUGGGCUCCACAGAGAAGUCCCGAGCUCUGAGGGGGUGAGCUGGCCCUGGGAGGAGGUGCUGGGCAGGGGCAGACCCUCCUGUUUAGAAACUGGCCUGUGGGGGGCGCCUGGGUGGCACAGCGGUUAAGCGUCUGCCUUCGGCUCAGGGCGUGAUCCCGGCGUUAUGGGAUCGAGCCCCACAUGAGGCUCUUCCGCUAUGAGCCUGCUUCUUCCUCUCCCACUCCCCCUGCUUGUGUUCCCUCUCUCGCUGGCUGUCUCUAUCUCUUUCGAAUAAAUAAAAAAUAAAAAAAAAAUCUUUAAGGAAAAAAAAAAAAAGAAACUGGCCUGUGGGGCUUGGACAGAAUAAGGUCUGAACCACUCGCUCAUGUCUGCAGGCUUUAGCAGGGCCCCCCAGGUUGAGCACUGGGACUGUGCAGCCCGAGCGGGAUUGGCAGAGCCCCCCACUGUGCGUGAGCCAGACUCAGGUCCACAGGCGUAUGCACCUGCACCUAGGGGUGGACAGGAGGGGCUGGGGGGUGCGUCCUGUGCCCAGGGAGGGCCAGGUUGGGAGCCUCGCCAGACGGCAGCAGCCUUUGCAGGGGAGCAGCCUUAGCCGCAGAACUUUCCACGGAGCCUUGCCCAGCAGCAGCUCCCAGGAGGAGCCCCCAGUUGAUCCCCUCUGGGCAGCGGGGUUGUUAGUGUGGAUGGAUGGAGGCUCGUCUCAGUUCCCAGAGGGCACAGUGGACCCAGCCACAUGGCAGCUCCGACCUGCCUGUGGACACUGACGUCAAGUCACUACCCCUGUUGAUGGCCCUGUUCAGCCUGGGGGCCAGGGGCGGUGUGCCUAGAAGCUGGGCUGUGCCCUGGGGCCCACAGCUGGGAUGGGGGCUGGGGGUUCUUCUCCAGGGGCUGGGCCUUCCCUGUGGUGGCUCCUGGCCGUGUUGGGUCAGAUGGAGAGAAAAAUACAUUGGAUUUUCUCUGGCAGGUUUCAUUUCCCAGUUAAGUAGAUGGAGAAGUGGGGCGGUUAGGUCGUGACUAGGAACGGUGAUGGGGUCCACGGGGAGAGUAACCCGUGCCCCUCUUGCUCACUUUCCCUCUCUACGGCCUGUGUGUAUCUUCACGUCAUCCCAAGUGGUCUUGACCUGAAAAUGAACAGCAAAAAUGGGCUUAUUUGGCAAUAACAAAGAAUUGCAAUUCAGGACAGAAGUCCUUCGGGGGAAAAGCGGGAAAUCAGGGUGAUGACGGUUUCUCAGUUUCUCACUGGCCGAGUUGCAGGGGUGGCUGAUUCUUGUGAAGAUUCCGUGAACUUCCGCCGUUGGGGCCUGUCACGGGUCAUUCUCUCCCGCGGAGGGUUCUUCUGUUGGGUUCUGUGAUUGGCCAUUCCUCCUGUGAUUGGGGUUGAGUGGCAGGGCCCCCUUCCAGCCUCCAGACUCGGCUUGGGUGAGGUUUACCUUCACGAAUUCUCACAGUGUUGAGAGUGAGCCAACUGCAGGCUGGAGACUUGUGGGAACCAGGGCCCAGCAAGUGGGGAGCUGGCCCUCGUUGGCUUGUUUGUUUUUUUUUUAAAAAGAUUUUAUUUAUUUACGUGACAGAGAGAGACAGC